GAUAGAAAGAAAAUUUCUCCACUUUUGUUUACCUUUCUCUCAUGUUAAGAGCUUACAGAUUGGGAGACUCAUUUAGAUGGGCUGUCUCCAUUUCUCCUUGUGUUUUUUCAUUCCCUUCUUAUCUAUCUGUGAGUGUGUAGUGUGGUUACUAAAGGGUCAGAAUCAAAGAACACAACCCAACGCCAUCAAAGGUCUUGCAGCAAAGAACGCAACCCAACGCCAUCAAGGGUACUGCAGCAAAGAACGCAACCCAAUGCAAUCAAAGGUCCUGCAGCAAGGAAUGCAACCCAAUGCCAUCAAAGGUCCUGAAGCAAAGAACGCAACCCAAUGCCAUCAAAGAUCCUGAAGCAAAGAACUCAGCCCGAUGCUAUCAAAGGUCCUGCAACAAAGAACACAACCCAAUGUCAUCAAAGAUCCUGCAGCAAAGAACGCAACCCAAUGCCAUCAAAGGUCCUGAAGCAAAGAACGCGACCCAACGCCACCAAAGGUCCUGAAGAAAAGAACAGGACCCAACGGCAUUAAAGGUCCUGAAGCAAAGUGUGCAGCCCAACAGCAUCAAAGGUCCUGUGCCACAGAACGCAGCCCAAAGCUUUUAAAUGUCCUGAAGCAAAGAACGCUGUCCAACACCAUCAACAGUCCUGCAGCAAAGAACACAACUCAAUUAAAGGUCCUUGCAACAGAGAACGCAACUCAAAAACUACAGUAAGUGAAGGAAACCUCUACAUCUACAUCUAGCCAUGUGUUCCUCUAUUGAAGAAGUGUGAACUGGCUGGCACCUUCCGUUGACCACAGGUGACCUUUCCAGAGACGUGAACUUUGCUCUCGCUGCCAUGGGGCUUGCCAGAAGCGGCUGGCACUUGGCACUGCUAUUGGUGAUGACUGGCCUGGUUAGUUGCGGAAAGGGUAACGGUCAGAGACGCGGGGGAGGCGAAAGGCGGAAGAAGCUACACCGGGUGCAGCACGGCCAGUGCAGCUAUACCUUCAUCUUGCCGGAGGUGGAAAGCUGUCAGGGUGGAGCGGACCAGAUUAGUGGAACUAACGUUGUGCAACGGGAUGCCUCAACGGGGGACAGCGAGUGGUCUUCUCAGAAGCUGCAACAUCUGGAGAUGGCCAUGGAAAACAACACGCAGUGGUUGCAGAAGUUAGAAAACUACAUUCAGCAGAAUGUAAAGACGGGAAUGGUGCAUAUCCAGGCAGAUGCAGUCCAUAACCAGACAGCCACGAUGCUGGAGAUCGGCACCAACCUGCUCACACAGACUGUAGAGCAAACCAGGAAACUCAAUGUAGUUGAGGCCAAGGUUAUGAACCAGACAUCAAGAAUUGCAAUCCAGUUAUAUGAGAAUUCAUUAUCAACAAGCAAACUGGAGAAGGAACUCUUGACACAGAUUACUGAAAUUUCAAAACUUCGAGACAAGAACAGUUGUUUGGAGAGUAAAGUCUUAGUACUGGAGUCACAGCAGAGGACAGAGCUGGAGGACAUCAGGGAAGAGAAAGAGAGACUGCAUGACCUGGUGAAAAGACAGACAGCUGCAAUAACGUCUCUGGAGAGACAGCUGAGAGCAGCCAGCAGUAAUAACUCAGCCCUGCAAAGACAACAUCAACAGCUCAUUAAGUCUGUACACACACUCAUUGGCCUGGUGUCUGCAGGGACAGGGUUCUUGCCAAAUGAGCAGCAGUUCCGAGACUGUGCAGAGGCCUAUAAAUUCGGUCACAACACCAAUGGAGUCUACCACAUUUACAUCGGUUACAUGAUGGAACCAACUAAGGUCUUCUGUGAUAUGGAGACAAGUGGAGGUGGAUGGAUGUUAUUCCAACGAAGAGUCAAUGGCAGUGUGAACUUUCAGAGAGGAUGGAAAGACUAUAAACUGGGAUUUGGUGAUCCUAGUGGAGAGCACUGGUUGGGUAAUGAGGCUGUUCACCUGAUCACCAGUCAAGCCCAGUACUCCCUCCGAGUAGAACUAAAGGACUGGGAAAAUAAGGACACUUAUGCACUCUAUGACAAAUUCCAGCUUGCCAGUGAAAAACAGCAGUACAGACUCUCAGUAGGGGGCUAUAGUGGAACAGCCGGACAGCUAAGUAGCUUAGCAUCAAACGGCACAGGCUUCAGCACUCGCGACUCUGACAACGAUAAGUGCGUUUGCAAGUGUGCCCUCAUGAUGACCGGAGAUGACACCGUCAUCCACAAACCCAAUCCAUCUGAUCCUCUACUGAUCGAAGAAAUCUAAACUUCACUGCACAAUUAUGAAAAACACAUCAAGAGUUCCCCCUAUCCUCACUCAACAGCCACUAUCCAAACAAUUUACUCGAUUGGCUGCACAUGACUGCAGAUCCCACACCUAAGUCCAAGAUAAAUAGCUUAUUAAUAGUGCGCAUUGCGAUUAAUUUUGAAAGUUCCUGGAGUUAAUUAUCAUCACAAUGGCUGCAGACCUUCAAACACCCUUUAUGUUUACAUUUCAAAUCAUAAUAAAAAAAUCCAUAGAUGGAUACAUCGGUCUGCGUUUUCCAAACUAAACAUGCAUUGAAGAAGGCGACAGUGAUUUAAUCAGGGUUAUAUCGACAGCACCCUCUCAGAAGAGGGAAAGUCUGGUUUCUAUUGAAGAAUCACAGUUUGCUUUGACAGGUCUUGCAGAGACAUCUCGAGCACAGUAGGAAUACAUGCCCUUUCAAACACUUACAGUCUGUAGACAGAAAAAGAAAAUCUGAUGAAAUAGAGGGACAAGAAAAUGGUUGGGUAUAGAUGUUUGAUUGUUUUGCGGAGAUGUGUGUUUCAGUUCAGUUGACCUCCACAUUUUUUAGCCUUAUAGAAAUCUUCUUUCUUCUUUUCCACCCACGCUAAGGAGUGUAUUGGGUGAUGAGUUCUCCAGUGGGUGCGAUCAGUAGCGAGGCUCUUGGUCCCAAGAGACACUGAGGGCUUUAAGGUCCUUGAUGAAAGUCCGGCGCCAGGUCAGUCGUGGUCAGCCUCUACCGUGCCGGCCUCCAGGUGGAACCCAUAGAAACACCUUCUUGGGGAUGUGGCUAUCGUCCAUGCGGAUAACAUGUCCAGCUAGUCGUAGGAGAUGGCGUGCAAAGAUCAUACUGAGGCUUGGCAGCUUGCUUCGUCGUAGGACCACCUCGUUGGUAAUGUGGUCAAGGUAUCGAAUAUGCACUCAUCUUGAAGUCAAGGGCCAUCAGGAAUAAGAAGGAUGACAAGAUGCACCCCUGCCUAACGCCGGUCUCGAUGGCGAAGAACUCAGUGUGGCCCGUGUCCAUCUAAACGCAGCAGCUGGAAUGGUGAUACAGGGACUGGAAGGCUGUGAUGAACUUCCUCGGGAUGCCGUACAGAUGCAGGAUGUUCCACAAGGAUUCUCGAUGGAUGCUGUCGAAGGUCUUUUUAAAGUUGAUGAAAUUGAUUGAGAGGGACCACUUGUCCUCCACACAUUGUCUCAGUGAUUUUUCUCAAUGUGAAAAUUUGAUCGUAGCAUGACCGCCCUCGCCGGAAUCUUGCCUGUUCUUCUCGUAGGCGCUGGUUGGCAGCUACUUGUAUUCAGCGUAGAAGAAUUGCACAGAAGACUUUACCUGGUACCAAGAGCAGGGUGAUGCCUCGCCAGUUCGUGCAUUCUGUAGCAUUCCCCUUCUUCGGCAACUUGACAAUGACACCUUUCUGCCAGUCUUUGGGGAUGGUUUGCACUUGCCAACACACAUUGAACAGAUUCGUUAGUUUGAUCAUUAUUGUUAGGCCACUGUGUUUCAGGAGCUCCGCCUGGAUUUCGUCCAAGCCAGCGGCCUUGUUUGACUUUUGAAUUUUGAUGGCCAUUCGAACUUCUUGUGCCAUGAUGUCACCAUCUUCCACCUGCAGCUCUUCUUGUGCUCCUUCUUGUCCACUGUGCAUCCUGUUCUUCCUUGGUGAGGAGCAUGUUGCCAUUCUUGUUCUUGAUUUGAAUGGACGAGGUCUUCCGGGUACCCAAGAUGUCCUUGACAAUCCAGUAUAAGGCACGGAUGUAAUUUUGAUCAGUAGCUUCUUUGGCUUCUCUGCUCUUCUUCUCCAUCCAGUCUUUCUUAUCGUACUUGCAACUCCAUUUUACGGCCCGAUCACUGCCAUGUCGUCGGGAUUCUUGGACUUAUGCUGGAAGAAGGUAUUUAUGAUGCAGAGGUCGUUGUACUCGCAGAAGGAGACUAACCAUUCCCCAUUAUCCGACAGUUGUUCCAAAGAUGUGAAAGUGCCAAUGAUCUCUUCAAAGCCUUGCUGUUCAUGGAAGAACUGGGCGUUUAUGUCCCUGAUGACGAGCUUGAGGUCGUGUUUCAGCGUCUCGUCUAUCACAGCUUGCAGCACGUCAUAGAAUUCAUCCUUUUCGGCUUCGCCUGCUUUUUCAGUUGGGGCGUAAACCUGGAUGACAGUUGUCCGAACGUGGGCUGAUACAAAACAGGCUGUGAUGAUUCGAUCGUUGAUUGGCUUCCAUCCAACUAGGGCAUGUACUGCUUCUUCUCCGAGGGCCAACCCGACCCUGAGGAUGUCCUCGUUACCAGAGUACAGAAUCUUUUCUUUCCAUCACUGGUCAUCUCCCCAUUUCCCUUCCAUCGGACUUCACUGACACCCAGCAGGUCCAGUCGAUAUCGAUCGAAUUCCUUGAGUAGCUGCUUCAGGCGGCCACUUUGGUGAAGCGUACGAACAUUCCAGAUUCCAAUCUGGGUAAUCUUUCUUGCAGUGAAUGUCGUAUCCAUCAUCAUGUGUUGGACACCACAAUUAGUUUCCUCCACCGCCGUCAUAUUACACAAAUCUGAAUUCCUGCUUUCAGUUGCAUUCAAUGUAUUUUCUCUUGUCGUUUCCAUAGCAGGCUGGCCUUUUUUUAUGGGGACGGGUUGCUAGCCCGACGCCCAACCCUCCUCCUUUCACAUCCGGGCUUGGGACUGGCAACGUGCAGAUGUUAGGUUAAAAUGUACAUGAACAAGGGAAAGAGUGCAUUUUAGGUGCUGUGUCAAGUCAGUAUUUCUUCAAGUUUUUAAAGAUCUUAAUCACCUUUCAACUUUUUUCUAGAAGUGCAAAUAAACUAUUUUCUUUGCUAAUAUGAGGUCAUGGAAACACAAUUAUAACACUAUUACAUUAUAUAUUUACACUGGCAGCCAAAAGGUUGGAAUAAUGUACAGAUUUUGCUGUUUCAGAAGGUAAUUGGUACUUUAAUUCACCAAAGUGGCAUUCAGCUGAUCACAAAGUAUAGUCAGGACAUUACUGAUGUAAAAAACAGCUCCAUCACUAUUUGAAAAAUGUCAUUUUCGAUCAAAUCUAGACAGGCCCCAUUUCCAGCAGCCAUCAUUCCAACACCUUAUCCAUGAGUAAUCAUACUAAAUUGCUAAUUUGGUACUAGAAAAUCACUUGCCAUUAUAUCAAACACAGUUGAAAGCUAUUUGGUUAGUUAAAUGAAACUUAACAUUGUCUUUAUGUUUGUUUUUGAGUUGCCACAGGAUGCAAUAGACUGGCAUGUCUAAUGUCAAUAUUAGGUCAAAAAUGGCAGAAACAGCUUUCUCUAGAAACUCGUCAGUCAAUCAUUGUUUUGAGGAAUGAAGGCUAUAUAAUCCUUGAAAUUGCCAAAAAACGGAAGAUUUCAUACAAAGGUGUACACUACAGUCUUCAAAGACAAAGGACAACUGGCUCUAACAAGCACAGAAAGAGAUGUGGAUGGCCAGAUGUACAACUAAACAAGAGGAUAAGUACAUCAGAGUCUCUAGUUUGAGAAAUAGAUCCCUCACAUGUCCUCAGCUGACAGCUUCAUUGAAUUCUACCAGCUCAACACGAGUUUCAUGUACAACAGUAAAGAGAAGACUCAGAGGUACAGGCCUUAUGGGAAGAAUUGCCACUUUUGAAACAGAAAAACAAAAAGAAAAUGUUAGAGUGGGCAAAGAAACACAGACACUGGACAACAGAUAAUUGGAAAAGACUGUUAUGGAUCUUAACCCCAUUGAGCUUUUGUGGGAUCAGCUAGACUGUAAGGUGCGUGAGAAGUGCCCGACAAGACAGUCACAUCUAUGGCAAGUGCUACAGGGAGCUUUGGGUGAAAUGUCACCUGAGUAUCUGGACAAACUGACAGCUAGAAUGCCAAGGAUCUGCAAAGCUGUCAUUGCUGCACGUGAAUGAAUUUUUGAUGAGAACACUUUGAAGUAGUUUAAGAAGUUCUGAACAUUGUUUUCAAAUUGUAAUAGUAAUUUUUCAUGUUAUUAAUUUACUGACUAUACAUUGUGAUCAGCUGAAUGUCACUUUGGUGAAUCAAAGUACCAAUUUCUUUCCAUAAGCAAAGAAUCUGUACAUUAUUCCAGACUUUUGGCCGCCAGUGUACA